AUGGGUGCCCCAGCAGCGACGGAGAAGCCCGUCCUCAGCAGAGAGGACAUCACGAAGCGCAUCCUGGCGGGAGAGACCAUCUUCAUUCUACGUGAACAAGUCAUACGUGUACCUCCAAGCUGGCUCUCUAAGCAUCCCGCCGGCGCCCUUCCCAUCCUGCACUACGUAGGAAGAGACGCAAGUGACGAAGUCGAGGCUUUCCAUGCCGGUCCUACGCUCAAAAAGUUGUACGCCUUCUCGAUUGGCCGCAUUCGUGUUGGCCCCGAAGGCUGGCAGACAUUGCUCCCGCCUAUCAAUAACGGAUGGGUCCGCAAGCCAGCUCCCGAGGGCGGUCUGUGCUGGACCCAGAACGCCCAUGCGACGGACAUCCGCGCCGAAGAAGAUGGUGUCGAGCAUGAUGUCGAUGCCCAGAUUCUGCUCGUACAGAACGAUGAUCCCAUUCUCUGCGGCGAAGGACCGUCCUCAGACAUCCUCGAGCCUCCCCCGACUUCUCUUUCUGCGGCGACUCAGGCUGCGCACUCCAGAGCAUACAAGGAGCUUCACCAACGUAUCACUGACGCCGGUCUAUACCAGUGCCGCUAUUUCACUGGCUAUGGGCCCGAGGUCCUACGCUAUGCCUGCUUUGCGGCGACCUCAUAUGUCGCGUACCAGCACCGCUGGUGGUUCACCUCUGCUCUUGCACUGGGCGCGCUCUGGCAUCAACUUGUAUUCACGGUUCAUGAUCUUGGUCACAUGGGUGUCACGCACAACUGGGUCAUCGAUAGGAUAAUAUCUAUCGCUCUGGCGGAUUGGGUUGGAGGGCUUUCCAUCGGCUGGUGGGUCCACAAUCACAAUGUUCAUCACGUCGUCACCAACCAUCCGUCCCAUGACCCGGAUAUCCAGCAUCUGCCCUUCUUCGCCAUCUCACCGGACUUCCUGCACAGCAUUUACUCCUCGUAUUAUGGCCGCACGCUGAAGUUCGAUAAGUUAGCGGAGAUCUUGAUUCCCUUUCAGCAUAAACUCUUCUACAUCAUCAUGUCCCUCGCACGCUUCAAUCUCUACCGGCUGUCGUACGAGUACCUAUGGAAGACUCGGAACGACCCAGUUCGGGCCAGAGGCGGGCGCUGGGCUUGGUGGGGCGAAUUCAUCGGCUUGUUGUUCUGGUGGACAUGGUACACUCGCGUAUUGAUCAACACCGGAAGUUGGGGAAAUGCGUUCGUGUAUCUACUUGUCAGCAAUGUCGUGCCGAGCCCCCUCCAUGUUCAGAUCGUGCUCUCGCACUUCUCCAUGUCGACGGCGGUUCUCGGCCCAGUUGAAUCAUUCCCGCAUCGCCAACUCCGCACAACCUCGGAUGUCAUCUGCCACCCCUCUGUCGAAUGGGUACAUGGCGGUUUACAGCUUCAAGUGACGCAUCAUCUUUUCCCACGCCUCCCGCGUCACAAUCUCAAAGAGGCGAGCGUACUCGUAAAGGACUUCGCACGUGAACAGGGUCUCACGUACGCCGAGUUUGGGUUCGUCGAAGGCAAUAGCGAUGUGAUCGGUGUUCUGCGCGGAGUCGCCAACCAGGUCCGGAUUAUGACGAUGGUAGCGGACUCUGAGAUUGAGGAGGCGCUUAGUAAGGAGAAGCAGCAUUAG